CAACUCGGCGAUGUUGCCACCCAGGCAGAUUGUCCUAAAGCACAGAGAAACUAGUUGCUGGUUACAUAGCGGACGAGCAGCGGUGGGAGGAGGAUGGAGAUGCCGGAGAAUUAAACGACCAAACGUCGUCUCUGGUGCUUCCCACCCAACACCCGCGUUCACACGGCGAUAGACCAUGAUUGAGGUGUUUCAAGCCACAGAGCUGAAUACCAAAUUGCCUUCUACUAUCAAGAGAUAGCCAGUGAGCAGGAUGGAGACCCAAGAGGAAUGACAAGAGUCUCUUCCCCCUCACCGACACUUGGAGAAAAUGCACUGGACCGGUGGAUACGUUUUUGUGGUCCUGGUGUCCCUUACCGCCUCUCGCACCGCCGGGGCCUUAUCGGUGGACACGGAUGGAAACGGUACAAAAACCAGCAAUGUGACAGACGGCGGAUUUGUCCCAGUUGUGUUCACCAAAGUGAGCCAGAUAAUUGCCCGAGAGGGGAGCUGCGCGCUGAUUGAUUGCAAUGUCACCGGAGACCCGUUCCCCAGAGUUCAGUGGUUCAAUUCCCAUGGAGACCGCCUGGACACGGAGACGAGUGGUGGGAAGUGGUGGCUGCUGGACAACGGCGUCCUCAACAUCACCAGCAUCGAGUUUGCAGACCGUGGGAAGUACACCUGCAUGGCGUCCAACAUGCACGGUAGCUCCAACUGCACGGUGACGCUGCGUGUGGUCUUCACUAACGGCGACAUGGGCGUCUACUACAUGGUGGUGUGUCUGGUCACCUUCACCAUCAUCAUGGCCCUGAACGUCACGCGCCUCUGCAUGAUGAGCAGUCACCUGAAGAAGACCGAGAAAGCCAUCAACGAAUUCUUCCGCACCGAGGGCGCCGAGAAGCUGCAGAAGGCCUUUGAGAUCGCCAAGAGGAUCCCCAUCAUCACCUCGGCCAAGACGCUGGAGCUGGCCAAGGUGACGCAGUUCAAGACCAUGGAGUUUGCGCGGUACAUUGAGGAGCUGGCUCGCAGCAUCCCGCUACCGCCGCUCAUCAUGAACUGCCGCACCUUCAUGGAGGAGAUCCUGGAGGUGGUGGGAGUGGAGGAGAUGAGGCACACUUUUGUCAGGCAAGCGCCCGAAGGACGGCGAGAGGCAGUGGGCAGGGUCGCCUCCAUCGGGGCCAGAGAUGUCUUCACCAUCCUGCAGGAGAGGGAGAGAGAGCGAGGGCGAGAGAGGGAGAGGGAACGCAGCGAAUCCCCCGCCGCCGACUCGGACAACUCCUCGGUUCACGAGCAGCCACAGCACAUCGCCAUCCAGGUGUCGGUCCACCCACCGCUCGCCGCUGGAGGUUACUGCAGCAUUGAAGCAGCACCUCAGCCAGAGGCAGCGCCCUCCUCGCCUCCAUCCUCUCCCCCCCCACCACUCACUCCUCUCCACCAUGAGGAGCAGCCUGAGGUGGAGGAGGAGCAGGAGGAGCAGCAGAAGGAGGAGGAGCAGCAGCAGAGCGCUGAACAGGCUGCUCCUGAACCGACAGCUAGUAAGACCCCUCCCUGCCAGGUGUUUUACGAGAGCCAUGUGUGACGAAACAAACAAACCCUGGAGGAGGGAUGAGUUGUCCUGCUAUGCAUUUUCACUUGAAGACAAAAGGUCCACAAACCAUUUUUAAUUUCACAUUUUUGGAGAAACAAUCACAUUUUUAUUUAUCUUUUCUGAAUGGAACAAUCUCUUUAAACCUUUUUAGGCUGUUCUACUGAGAAUAUACCAUAAGGGUUUUAGACACUCUGGUCUUUCCAUGCUUGAAUGUACAAGGGUGGGGGUAAUCAAUAUUAUUAUUAUUAUUAAUGUAAUAAGCAGCGAAUUGUAAAAGGACAUUUCCUGUGUUGAGAUUUUCAUAGCUCAGACUAUUAUUUAAAGAAUUAGGGCGGGCUACUUCUGUCUCGGGGGGGAAUGAUAUUUCAGUUUUUAGUUUCUUACAGUGCUAGGGUUUUUAUGACUAACUCCAGAAAUCUGCCUCAAGCUGCUCUUCAUGCUGUUUUUUUUCAAAACCAUGAAAGCCAAGCUUCCUUCAUUUGCUCAAGAAUUCACAUCCAGCUACUGUUACAGCCGAUCCGCUGUUAUUGUACAACAUCCUGCUCACCUAGAGAUGCAUGCUGGACCGAAAUUAAUGAUUUGAGAGUUUGGUAACAUUAUCAUGAUUGUACGGCCUACUGUAUUUGUAUAAACAACAAGUAAGCCAGGUGAACCUCUGAGUGUACAGUAUAUUUCCUGAUUGGGUCAUACACACACCUCUGGGUAGAGUUUAUGUGUUUCCUUUGAAAUGUUUAAAAAGUAUUAUUAUAUUAUUACCCAUUGUGGUGUGAUUUUUGUUCCUCGGCUAGUUUAAGUAGUUUUUAAAAUGUCUUUUGUCUUCUUUCUCCUCUGUAGAGGAGUAGCCUCUUUUCCUCAGUCAUGUGCUGUUUUUUGGUUUUUAAUUUGACUCCUGACCUGAUCUCAGCAUCAUCUUGCUUCUGCAGAGGCUUUACAAAAUGGUUGUAUUUCUGCUGCAUGUGAAAAAUGGAGACAGUGGAGAUGUUUAACAUCUUUCUCUGGGACUAAAAGGACCUCUUCUCUUUCUUCCUUUGCUUGGCUAAAGGUCCAGUCUGUGGUGGAGAUGAACUGGACUCUGUGCUUUUACUGGUGCUCUUGAGAUGCCUCUUUUUUGUAGUGGAAUAAAAUGGAAGUGCUGUGUUAAAAAAAACACCAACGUGA